AUGGAGGCUCGGCUGGUGGGGCCUGGGCCCUUCCGAGCGACGCGGCUGUGGAAUGAGACUAUUGAACUCUUUCGAGGUGGCAUGCCGUUACGAAAGCAUCGCUGUCAUUUCAAAAGCUACGAGCGUUGCUUCACAGCAUCAGAGGCAGUAGACUGGUUGCACAGACUGCUGAGGCACAACCAGAAUUUUAGCCCAGAAGUAACUCGUACUCAAACGGUCCAGCUCCUUAAAAAGUUCCUGAAGAAUCAUGUCAUUGAAGAUAUCAAAGGAAGAUGGGGCAAAGAGGACUUUGAAGACAACAGUCAUUUGUACCGAUUUCCUCCUUUCUCGCCACUGAAACCAUACCCGAAACAAUCCCAAUUCCGAAAGGAAAUUAUUAAAUUUCCUAACUGGGAUGGUAUUGAAAAAGAUACUUUCCAAGAAGACAUACCAAUGAAGCCAAUCAUGCUGAACUCUGAAAUGUGGUUCAAACGUCACAGUAUAGCAAUUGGAGAAGUACCAACAUGUAGACUUGUACACCGUCGACAAUUAACAGAGGCAAAUAUAGAAGAGAUAUGGAAAUCCAUGACACUAUCGCACUUGCAAAAAAUUUUAGGCUUGGAUUCCCUAGAAGAUGUGCUGGACACCAAACUCGUGAACCCAAAGCAUAUAAUCCAGAAUGUGUAUCAUAUCAACAAGCAGGGAGUUGUCAUUUUAGAAGAUAAAUCAAAGGAGCUACCUCACUGGGUGCUGUCAGCAAUGAAGUGUCUGGCAAAUUGGCCCAGGUAUCCAGAUCUGAAACAACCUACUUACUUGGGAUUUGAAAGAGAUGUCUUCAGGACUAUAGCUGAUUACUAUGUUCACAUGAAAGAGCCUCUUCUUACUUUCCAGUUUUUUGAUGUCUUUGUCAGUGUGUUAGGACUCCUCCAGAAAGAGACAUUGGCCAUUGAAGCACUGCAGGUUUGCUGUCUACUUCUGCCGCCAGAAAAUCGUCGUAAAGUGCAGCUGCUGAUGACUAUGAUGGCCAGGAUCAGUACAAAUAAGGAUCUGCCACCUCUCUGUGAUACAGUUGGGACAAGAGCACUGAUGGUUCAAACCUUUUCUCAUUCUAUUCUUUGCUCCAAAGAUGAAGUGGAUUUGGAUGAACUGCUGGCUGCUAAACUAGUGUCAUUCUUGAUGGACAACUAUCAGGAAAUCUUAAAUAUCCCUUGUGCCCUGAAAGCUGCAAUAGAGGGACACGUAGCACAUCUUCGAAGGGUCCAGCAGAUAAAAUAUCCGGGAGCAGAUUCUGAUGCCGCUGUGCCUGCUCCGACAUUUUGUCAUCAGAUCAGCACUGAUGAAUUUGAAUACCAAAGAACAAACGGCUGUCAAGAGCCACUGGCAAGCUUGCUGGAAGAAAUUGCAAAGGAUGCAGAAAUGUCCAUCAAGGAGAAGAAGAAAAAAUUGAAGCGGUUUCAGAAAUCCUACCCUGAUGUAUACAAGGAGAGAUUUCCUACUCCAGAAAGUGAGGCAGUUCUGUUUCCUGAAAAAAGUAAACGGAAACCGAUGUUGCUGAUGUGGGCGUUUAAAAAACCUUUCCAGCCAUUUCAAAGAACAAGAAGCUUUCGGAUGUAGGAUGUGGGUUGCAUCUC